AUGGCCAAACAACUAUCUUUGGAUGCCCUGCUCUCAGAUGAAAGAUCCGAAACUUUCAAGUGGGCACUGAAGGUAUUUUUGGAAAUCAUGUCAGAAAAACUACCCGGAGGCAUUGUGAUAGACGGAGACCAUGCUAUGAGAGAGGCUAUCUUAGAAGUAUUUCCUUGUAUACCACACCGCCUUUGUGCAUGGAAUCUCCAUCGUAAUGCGUUUACCGUACAAAUAUUUGAAGAGAGAUGGAGCGAGAUCAUAUCCAAAUACGGACUUGCCGAGAAUGAAUGGGUCCAGGGCAUUUAUAAUGACAAAAUGAAGUGGGCUACCGUAUAUUUGAGGGAGCACUUCUUUGGCCACAUAAGAACUACAUCACAGUGUGAGGGAAUUCAUUCAUUAUUGAAGAACUAUGUUGACAGCAAAACCAGUCUCCUUGAAUUCAUUCAUAAAUUUAGUGAAGUACUAAGGCAUUACCGAAACAACCAUCUUACUGCUGACUUUGAAACCUUUUAUAAGUUUUCUGUUUUGACUACGUGCUUGGAAAGUUUUGAGAAACAAGCUGCUGAACUUUAUACUAGAAAUAUUUUCAAACUUGUGAAAGAUGAGAUAGAAGCAGCACGUGCCUUAAAUGUGAAUGAAUGCCCAAAUAGUGGAGACAUUGUUGAGUACAACACGAGCGAGUAUUUUAAUCAGCAAUGGAAAUUUAAAGUAUCUUACAAUAAAGACAAGGACCUGUUUGCGUGUGAGUGCAGGCUAUUUGAGACUCGUGGAUUACCGUGCUCCCACAUCUUUCGGGUCUUGAAGCAUCGCAAUGCAAAAUGCAUCCCUACAUCUCUUAUCCUGAAAAGAUGGACAAGAGAUGCAAAGAGUGAUUUUAUAUGCUCAAUUGGCGAGCAAGACCCCGCUGAUGAUAUAGUGCCCACACUUAGAUGCAGUGCAAUGGCAUCAAUAAAAGUGAUGCACAAGCGAGGGUUUCCCCCACGUCAGCGCUAA